AAUAUCCUCUUAGCUUUUAGGUGAAUGUAAUAGUAGUCAUAUCAACAUUAGUUAUUGUUCAUUUUUAAAGUGUACUUGGUCAUUUAAAUAUGUUUUUUGUUUUGUUUUUUUAAUUAAAAGUAUUGGUAUCUGUGUCAGUAUGAGUCCUGGUGAUACUGGCCCUGUAUGUACACACUGUGUUUCUGUGUGUGUGUGUGUGUGUGUGUGUGUGAACCUGAACCAGACUUUCUGCACACUUGGCAGGAAACUAUAAAACGUUGCCAGUUCCUCUUCUCAUUCUGAAUCAGCACCAGAAAUAUUUCUUUGAUAUACACAACUGUAACUGUAUUUAAGGUCCCUCACUUUUGCUCAGUUUAAUGUCUCCUUGCCGAGUAAAAGUAUUUUUCCUGACACAACAACAACAAAAAUCCUACUAUCCCUAAAUGUAUGAACGAUACUCACUAUGCAUUAAUCAUUCAUUACACGAUUUCUGUUAUGUCACGCAUUAUAUUGCAUGAUACAGUUAUAAAACAGUGUGAGAAACUUUAGCCCAUGUCAAAGGAAAGAGCAGCAUGUGUGCGUGAGAGGUCUGCUUCUGUCGGUACUCAAAGUCACCAGCCGCUGACAUCAAAACAAUAGAUCCGCGGAGUUUGAGUUAGUGCUGCUCUUUUUAAAACGAUUCUUGCUCCUCCUGCGCUGUUCUUAAGAUCGGGACGGCGUCUGGAGGAGCUGCAGACCUCUGAGACGGACACCCAGCCUGUCGGUUCACUUCACACACUUUGUGUAAUAUCUGGAGACCAGUCAGGAUGUACGGGCUGCUGUGUGAAAGUCUUCAUGACUUCAUUAAGGAGUCGUACGGAGAUGACGUGUGGAAGCUGGUCCGAGAGAGAGCCGAUGUCAGACUGCACUCCUUCGUUACUCAUCAGGUCUACAGUGAGAGCGUGAUUCCUCGUAUCGCGAAAGCAGCGAGCGGUGUCACAGGAACCCCCUAUAAUGAGCUCAUGAACUCAUGGGGGGUUUAUUUCCUGGGAUUCGUGGGGAAAUACGGAUAUGACAGGAUCCUUAAGGUGUUAGGCCGCCAUGUGCGUGACUUUGUGAAUGGUCUGGAUAACCUGCAUGAGUACCUGCGCUUCAGUUACCCAAAAGUCCAGCCGCCAACCUUCUUCUGCCAGGAAGAGUCAGCUACGGGUGUUACACUGCAUUACAGGAGCAAGCGUAAGGGUUACCUGCACUACGCCAUGGGUCAGCUGAGGCAGAUGGGAAAACAGUUUUAUGACACUGACAUCCAUGUGGAGGUUUUGUCCGAGCAGCUGGUGGGAGAUUAUUCUCACGUCACCAUGAGGUUAAACUUUGAUAAUUCUGCGUAUCGGUAUAUCCAGAAAGAGGAUGAAGAGGAACAAGAGAUCCUCCCCAUCACCAGCGACUUUUUCUUUGAAGUAUUUCCUUUCAACAUUGUUUUCAGACAGGACAUGGUUGUGCAUAAUGUAGGCUCUGGGUUGGCGACCGUCUUUCCUGAUCUGGAUGGGAAGAAGAUCAACGAUGCUUUUCUGCUUGCUCGUCCUCUCGUGGAGUUCACAUGGAACAUGAUCAUCUCCCAUCCCAACAACCUGUUUGAGAUCAUGUCCAAGGAGCCGGUGAAGCGAGAGAGGAACCUUCAUAACAGAGUGCAGAACUCUGAUUAUGAGAACGCCAAUCGAUCAGCAGACGUGGAUGUGGAGCUGAUGGCCUUUCAGUCAAUUAUAGGGGAUGAUUACAAAGAUGGAAACAGCGCUAAUGCGAUGGAGAGCUGGGGCGAUGGUAGCCGCUGCCUGAAACUGAAGGGUCAGAUGAGAUACAUGCCAGAGUGGGAGUCCAUCAUCUUCCUGGGCACUCCGGUCAUGGAGAGUUUAAGUGCUAUGUUUAAGACAGGUCUGUACAUCAAUGACUUGAGCAUGCAUGACUCGAGCAGAGAUCUGGUGCUGGCGGGAACUCAGCAGUCUGAAGAGCUCAAGAGAGCCCUCAUUCAGGAGCAAAAGAAAUCCAGUAAACUGGAGGAAAGCAUGAAAAUGUUGGACUACGAGAUGAAAAAGACGGAUGAUCUUCUGUACAGAAUGAUUCCUAAACCUGUUGCUAAGCGACUGCGGAAGGGAGAACCAGCUGUGAACACCUGUGAGGUGUUUCCCGAUGUGACCAUCCUGUUCAGCGACGUGGUGGGCUUCACUCGUAUCUGCAGUCAUAUCACACCCAUGCAGGUGGUCUCUAUGCUCAACACCAUGUACACGCUCUUCGACACGCUCAGUGAGAAACACAGAGUGUUUAAGGUUGAGACUAUAGGUGAUGCCUACAUGGUGGUAGCAGGUGCUCCAGAAAAGACCAAGUAUCACGCUCACAAUAUCUGUGACAUGGCUCUAGAUAUGGUUCGCUCUAUUGAUCAUCUCAAAGAUCCCUCCAACGGAAACAACAUCCAGAUUCGCGUGGGAAUUCACUCAGGAAUGGUGGUGGCUGGGGUCGUAGGUCACAAGAUGCCUCGCUACGGUCUUCAUGGUGAUACGGUCCACACGGCCUCUGCCAUGGAGAGCAAUGGGAAGGAAAUGCACAUACAGCUGAGCAGCGCUACUUAUGAGCACCUGAAAGGAAGUCACUUUAUCUUCGAGAGACGCGGUACCAUUACCAUCAAGGGGAAUGUGGAGAUUGAGACGUACUGGCUGAAAGGAAAGAGAGAUAAAGAUGGAAACGCUCAGGCUGCAUGCCCACAGUUUGAAGCCCAGACCAUCAGUAAAGCUGCCAUCUCUGCCGCCGAACCGCCCAUUGAUGAGGAAGUGCUGGUGUUCCCCUCAGUGGCAGGUGAGGAUGAGGACGAUGUGAAGAGCAUCCGCUCUCACCGCAUGAAGAUGGAAACCUCUGGGAACUCUCUGGAGGAGUCGAUGGAGGAGUGUCGGGUCGAAGAAACGUCCGUCAGCAAGUCUCAUUAUAAGGACGCUCUUCAGGACAGCAGUCUGCAGGACCCACACACUGAACUCGACUCGGCUGAGUUUGACGGCCGAGACUCAAUAAUGGAGUCUCCCGCUGGCUCGUGUGACUCCCGCGCCUCUGAGAAAAGCACCAUGUGCUCUGUGUGCUAAUCAUAGCGAUCAUGACACGGCUUACAAAUUGAUUUCCGAGAGUCUUUUUUUUAAAACUGUUUCAGCCACUUUGGUUUUCUUUGUCCAUGCUCAGGCUGUUGAUCUGCAUGAUUUCUGUAAAAAUUGCCUAGAUUGUCUUGUAAAUAGAUUGGAAGUAAUAUUGAACUGAAAAGUGCUUAUUGUGUUGGCCUUUCGUCUGCAUUCGUCUCAUUCAGGUUAGUUUGAUAAAUCUUUGUUCUCUUUUUGACAUAUACCUUCAAUUUUUUCAUUUUUAAUGAAUCUCCUGAUAAAAAUGAAAGGUUCAUAUUUCAUCCCAUUUCAUCAGUCAAUAUUAUUAUUAACAUUAUUUUUUAUUAUAAUUAUUAUUUUUGACAGGAUAUGCAUGGUAAUAGGUAAAUUCCACCAGAUUGUCAUUUAGUAAUUAAAACCAUUCUGUCCAGAAAAUAAAUUUUUAAAUAAAUAAAUAAAAUAAAAUCAACAUAAAUUAUUAAUUAAAUUAAGCAGUGCAACAAAUACUACCAUGAUGUAUACAUAUUUAGCCAUUUAAAUAACAUAUACUUAUCUUUAAAAAUGCUAAUUAGGGAAGUGCUUGCUUACUUAAAAUAAAGAUAAAUGGUAGUGUAUAUAUAUAUAUAUAUAUAUAUAUAUAUAUAUACACACACACUACAAGAUAGUUUCAUGUGUUUGAAAGAAGUCUCUUUAAAGGUCAAGGAUUUGACCUUUGGUCAUGGAUAAAGUUAAAAUAGGAUCUGCUUUAGAAGAUUUAUCCCACUGACUUCCACUGUUAGUGUUUUAAUGCAAUCAGUUGUUUUUCUUUGUCUUUACAAACUGAGAGGCUUGUCAUAAUCAUUCGGUUACGUGUCAAGUGAUAAUUUCCCAUCACAGAUGACACUGCAGCUCUUCUCAGGAUUCGUCUGAUCAUUCUCUCUCUGUUCUGCGCUUUUCUUGAUGCCUUUCUCUGUGCGUGUUGUUUACUUACUGUACUGCCCAACUGUUUCCUUGAAGUGAUGUGAAAAUAAAGCAGGAAUGACAGUGUAACUUAAUUAAUCACCGUUCAGUAUAUUUCAGUACAAGAAGGCUCAAUAAUUUCACACACUUUUGUUGCAAAGCUGAAUUUUAGGAUCAUUACCCCAGUGUUCAGUGUCACACAGUCCUUCAUUCUAAUACAAUGGCAUGUAUAAAGUUAUUGUAUUUUAAAAAAACCUUGUUUUUAAAACGAGUCUCAAGCCUGAAUAAAUAUAUCCCAAGCAAUAA